UGCAGGCAGGAAACCAGUUCUCUAGGAAAAGGGAUUCCUCUCAAGGGGCUGAUCCUGCUGAAUUCCUACAUUCACUUUGGAUUCUAGAGUAGAACCAUAGAGUCGGAAGAGACUGCAUGAGGAACCCAGUCCAGGCCUCUGCCGUGCAGGAAAAGCCAAAGUACCCCUGACAGAUGAGCAUCUGGCCUCUGUUUAAAGGAUUCCAAAGGAGCCUCCACUACAUUUUGAGGCAGAGAGUUCCACUGCUGAACAGCUCUUACAGUCAGGAAGUUCUUCUUAAUGUUCAGAUGGAAUCUACUUUCCUGUAAUUUGAACCCAGUGCUGUGAGUAAUCAGAAAGGGAAAAACAAGAAUCAAGUGUCCAUAUUGGAAUUAAAUGUACAUAGCACAUAACUCUGUUGACAUGGAGGAGAAAGCAUAUAAAUGUAUUGCAUGUGGAAAGAGCUUCUCUCAUAAUUCAAAUCUACAUAGACAUCAAAGGACUCACACUGGGGAGAAACCCUAUAACUGCCUGGAGUGUGGACAGAGCUUUCCUCAGAAGGCAAACUUACAUACACAUCAAAGGACUCACACUGGGGAGAAACCCUAUAACUGCCUGGAGUGUGGACAGAGCUUCGCUCGUAGUUCAGGACUACGUUCACAUCAAAGGACUCACACUGGGGAGAAACCCUAUAAAUGCCUGGAGUGUGGACAGAGCUUCGCUGAUAGUUCAGCACUACGUAGACAUCAAAGGACUCACACUGGGGAGAAAUCCUAUAACUGCCUGGAGUGUGGACAGAGCUUUUCUCAUAGUACAGGACUACGUUCACAUCAAAGGACUCACAUUGGGGAGAAACCCUAUAACUGCCUGGAGUGUGGACAGAGCUUCACUCGUAGUUCAGGACUACGUUCACAUCAAAGGACUCACACUGGGGAGAAACCCUAUAACUGCCUGGAGUGUGGACAGAGCUUCGCUCGUAGUUCAGGACUACGUUCACAUCAAAGGACUCAUGCUGGGGAGAAACCCUAUAAAUGCCUGGAGUGUGGACAGAGCUUCGCUCAAAGUGGAAACCUAAGUUCACAUCAAAGGACUCACACUGGGGAGAAACCCUAUAACUGCCUGGAGUGUGGACAGAGCUUCACUCGUAGUUCAGGACUACGUUCACAUCAAAGGACUCACACUGGGGAGAAACCCUAUAACUGCCUGGAGUGUGGACAGAGCUUCGCUCGUAGUUCAGGACUACGUUCACAUCAAAGGACUCAUGCUGGGGAGAAACCCUAUAAAUGCCUGGAGUGUGGACAGAGCUUCGCUGAUAGUUCAGCACUACGUAGACAUCAAAGGACUCACACUGGGGAGAAACCCUAUAAAUGCCUGGAGUGUGGACAGAGCUUCAUUCAGAGUUCAAGCCUACGUUCCCAUCAAAGGACCCACACUGGAGAGAAACCCUAUAAAUGUCUGGAGUGUGGACAGAGAUUUACUCGGAGUGGAACUCUACGUAAACAUCAAAGGACUCACACUGGGGAGGAACCGUAGAAAUGCAUGGAGUGUGGACAGAGCCUUUCACGGAAUAACAUUAUACAUAGACAUCACAUAGUACACUCUGGAGAGAAUGGUGUUAAUUGACACCAGAGUGUCGUUUUAAAAUGUACAAAAGGAACUCUUGCAAAUUUUGGAAAUUCAACCUCAUAGUUGGGACAUUUCCUCACGUGGUGUAUUGUAGAAAGAUUGAACUAAAAUAUGUUCCAUUCUGGAAGUAAGCAAGGUUAAAUGAAACUAGAGUUUUAUAUGUUGAGAAUGUUGGAUGAUCAAUUAGAAUGAAAACAUGGGUUGUUACUGUGAUAUACUAAAGUGUGUGUGUGUAUAUAUAUAUUAUUCUACUCCCUUGAGAUAAUAUAGUCAUAUAUACGGACUAUAUACGGACUAUAUUAUAUAUAAUAUAGUCCGUAUAGUCUCUCUCAUAUAUAUAUAUAUAUAUAUAUAUAUAUAUAUAUAUAUAUAUAUAUAUAUAUAAAAAAGACUAUACGGAUAGAUGGAAGGAAUGUUUUAGUCCAAAGCAAAAAGAAUGGCUCAUGAAGACCUGCAAAUUACACAAAACAAAAAAACUGAGAACAACGUGGGCAAAUGUCAGUUGUUAUAUUUAUUAAUGGUAAGAGUGUUAUCAGAAGUGUGGUUAUAUUAUAUUAUCUAAAGGGAGUAGAAUAAUGAGAGAUAAAAAUUAACAGAUAGAAUGAGGCCUUUAGGCACAAAUCCCUUUCUGUUUUCUAGUUCAGUUGUGUGUCUAUGUAGGUAAUUGUUUCAUUAAUGUGUGUGUUUCUGAUUUAGUUUGUAUCUCAUGUAGUAGUUAGUUUCAUGUAGUUGAAACAUUAUAUAUAAUUUCUGCCUUUUUGUAUUCUUGCUUUUAAUCUGUUUUUUAUUUUUUUAUUUGCAAAAAAGAAGGGGAUUUAUAAGGGUCAAAAUGGCUGAAACUGGAGGGGUGGGUAGACCUGGUUUUAGCCCAAAAUGGGGUUUAAUGUUUAAUCUAGGGCGCCUUUGAAGAUCAUUUCCUUCUUCGGUGUUGGUGGCAUGGGUUUGGAUUCCAUUGUCUUCCUUCAGACAUUAUUGUUCCUAUUAUGCUUUAUACAACAUGUAUUCACUGCUUUGAUCACCAUCGAUUCUUUUUCACUGCCUUGUCUAUCCCGCAAACCCUUCCAGUGUGUUCUGUUGGUCAUCAGGGUUGUGUGUGCUAAGUUUGGUCCACAUCCGUCAUUGGUGGGCUUCCGAAUGCUCUCUGGAUGCAGGGUGAACUACAACUCCCACGUUCUGUGUGCCAAGUUUGGUCGUCAGCUUCUUUUGUUCUGAACCCAAAGGGUUCCUGUUCUUUUGAUGCCGAGUGUUCAGGGAAGAGUGAGGUCUGUGAGAUCAAUGAGGCUUUCAGAGACCACGUCUGGUUGCUUUGCUGGGAAAUUGUACAAACAUGUUCACACAAAUGGGAAGGUUAGAAGAUUUGGUUCAUGCAGAUUUUAAGUUAAUAACCUUUAAAAAUAGAAGAUAAAAUUUGGAAAGCACAGGAUGGUGGAGCAUCUGAGUUGGUUGAGCCUCAGUAACGGUGGAAGCCCAGUGAUUUUAUUUGAUCUAUCAUGUCAGAAACUAAUUGAGAGUACAGUUAUAAUGGAUUUUAAUAACACAACGUUUUUGUUUUUUCGUGUCAGGAGCAACCUGAGUUGCUUCUGGAGUGAGAGACUUGGCCGUCUGCAAGGACGUUGCCCAGGGGACGUUGCCCGGAUGUUUUGACGUUUCACCAUCCUUGUGGGAGGCUUCUCUCAUUUCCCCGCAUGGAGCUGGAGCUGAUAGAGGGAGCUCAUCCGCACUCUCCCCAGAAGCGACUCAAGUUGCUCCUGACACGAAAAAAAUAAAAUAACACAAAGUUAAAACUUGGCAUGAUACUAGAUUUCCUUUGACUAGAAGGUGGCCGCUUGGAGUGCCUCUGGUGUCGCUGUGAGAAGGUCCCCUGUAACGGAAAGCCCUAUUUUAUUGGGGAUUUUUGUCUAUGUUAUGUAAUGUUGAUUCAGUGGUCAAGGUGGGCAGGAGUUGGCUACUGCUGAUUGGCUAUGUGUCACCAUGGUAACGUAGAAAUGCAACUAUUUCGAAGCUAGCACGAAAGGGGCGGAGCUAGCUGGAUGAAAAAGGAGGGAAUGUUUUAAAAAGAGUGAGUUAGUGAAGUUCUCUAGCCAGUGAGCUUGAAAGACGAUGUCUGAAGUCAGUUAGGUUUAAGUUUCCAGUGAGAUAGAGCUGAGGAAAAGGAAUACUGUUGAGACAAAGUUCCAGUCAAGUGGUUGAUGUUACAGAAUGAAAGAUAUUAUCUAUAUAAUGUACAAAUGAAACGGAAGAAGUAAACCUUUGCAACAAGUUACGCUUUUUGGACUAAAGAAACCAUCAAUAAAUAAUUCUUUGUUUGUAAUAAA